AUGUCUUCAUCUGCCGAUACUGCCUUACCGAACACAAGCGACCAAAACACCAGUAGGAAAUUCGCGAUUCUCUCGCUCACCUGCCUGUUAGUGGCGAUACUCCUCGCUGCGUUCGGCUACACCGGGCUCAGCGCCGAAAAUACCACCGCCAAUCUGUUCGGGCUUAGACGACUCUUCGGAACGCAGUCGGCUGCUGUGGUGAAAAGAGAGGUCUCGACAAGCUCGGUAUUGCAGUCCACGACUGCGAGUCAGAAGUCCGGCAACACGAUGAGAACUCCAGUAUACUUCUUGAGUCAUGGGGGUCCAAACAUCAUGUAUGACCAAGACCACCCAGCGUACCGUAAAUUAGGUGAGAUCGGACGCGAGAUCACCACAAAAGUCAAGCCGCGUGCUGUGGUGGUCUUCUCUGCGCAUUGGCAGGCUGGUCGCGACACGAUCCAGGUGAAUACCGCGGAGAUGACGGAUCUGGUAUAUGAUUUCUACGGCUUCCCGAGCCACUAUUACAAGGAGAAAUAUCCUAACGUCGGGAGCAAAGAAGUUGCGAACAAGGUGCUUGAUGCGUUGAAGGAGGCGGGCAUCAAAGCAGAGGGAGUAAAGAGAGGUUUAGAUCAUGGUGUUUGGGUCAGCUUCAAGUGUGCUUUUGAACCCGACUCCAACCCCUUGAACGUCCCGGUAGUGCAGGUGUCCUUGUUCAACACCGAGGAUCCUGCCCAGCACUACCGACUCGGACAAGCGGUGUCCAAGCUCCGCGAUGAGAAUAUCCUGAUCAUUGUAUCGGGCAUGGCAGUCCACAACCUGCGCGACCUGCAGUUCUCUUGGGGUAACCCCAAGCCGUUGCCGUACACUACUAGCUUUGACGAGGCUCUGAAGGACGCUGUCACGAAGCCGCCGGCGGAAAGAGAACAGGCGAUGAUUGAGCUCCUGAAGCGGCCCGAUGCCCGUCAAGCACAUCCAUACUUCGAUCAUCUGCUGCCCAUUCAUAUCGGAGCUGGCGCUGCGGGAGAUGAUCUUGGAAAGAGGCUCUGGACGCUGAAGGAAGGGAGUAUGAGCUGGGCGCAGUAUAGAUUUGGUGAUGUAGGCAACAAUAGCUCACUGUAG